AAAUGAGCAAAUUAAGAUUGCCCAUAGAUUAUAAAAAUAUGCAAUUAGAACUCUUAGAGGCUCUUAAAGAAGAUGAAUUAUACAAAUUACAAAAUGAUGCUAAAAUUAGAGCAGUGGAACAAAAUGUACCUACAUAUGAGGAUUUCAGACAAAUGGUAAAUGCUGCUCAUUUAAAACCUUUGAAACACUCCGACAUUAAAUAUGAGGUAAACAAAAUUUGGAAUCCUACUUGUAAUUAUAAUAAUUCAAAUAUGAUGCCAUUUAAUCCAGAAGAAGAUCAGUCUAAAGAUUGUCUGAAAUCAAAAGAGAAUAAAAAUACUUUUAAAAAUGAAAUACCCAUUACAUAUGAUCAAUUUAUACAAUUUUGGAAAUCGAUUAAAGAAUAUAAAGAAAAAUUUAAUUAUCUUAAAAUUUUAAGACAUAACUUACGGGAGAAAAUUUUUUACACAGAAAUUCCUCCAGCAUUAUUUGUCGAACUAAUAGACAUAUGUUUACAAAAUGUUUCGAAUGUAAAUAAUAUCGAGUUCAUUGUUGAUAUUUUAUGCAUUUUGAGUAAAUGUAAUAGAUUUUACUUGACAAUGAAUUUUAUGAAACAAAACGAAAAAGAAAUGUGUAAACAACUUUUUCACGAUUUACUUAAAAAUGGAGAAUAUCAAAAUGAAACAUUUAAGGAUACAAUAAAAAAAUUAGCGUUACAUUAUGAAGUCACACUUGAAUAAUAAAUAUUAUAAUGAUUAAUAAAAUCUAUAAAAUAAAAUAUAGAAUAUUAUGUAGAAUAUAGAAAAAAGCAAAAUUUAAAUUUAUAAUUUUAGAUUUGAAAAACAUAAAAUUUCAAAUCAUGCAAGCAUGCGUCCAAAGAAGCAUGUCAAACGAAUCACGUGAUUAUUGAGUACUUAACAUGGCCGCACCCAUUGUAAAAGUUCGAGGUAUCGCGUUGAUUAAUGAUUAGUUUAAGAAUAAACUGAAAUUCCGUCAAAUUUGAAUUUACUCUUGUUUUAAAUUAAAAUGAUUCGAAAGUUUAAUACACAAUGGUAUUGUUUGAAAAAUUUUUCGCGAUGUAUACAUGUACGUACGUGGAAAGAACAUUGGGCAUAUAUGCACGUAUAUCGCAUGUAUGCUCGUAUUUCGUAAAUAAACAAGAUCAGUAAAUCAAUCGAUAAAAUGUCAAUUGAUAGUGUUAUUUUAAAUAUUGUUAUUGAAAAAUUAAAAAAUAAAUGUAAAUGUUAAUUAUCAAAAAU